AUGCUGCUGCUGCUGCUGCUGCUGCUGCUGCUGCUGCUGCUGCUGCUGCUGCUGCUCGAGCAAAGCGGGAGUCGGCUCGAGUUCGACGAGAUGUGGCACAAACGAGAAGCAUCGAGAUAUCUGCAGCGCUCUCGUCUCAACAGGCGAUCGUUGGAGCCGGCGCCACCAAGCCCUGAUCGCCAUUGGACUCCGGCAUCCCAGCAUUAA